AGCACAGUUGAAAUGCUCUUAGACCUGUCUUACAGAGAGCAAUGGAGAAUGGGAAAGUGAAAGAGAAAGAGAACGAGCAAGAGACUGAGAAAUUAUGCAAGAGGUGUUAUCAAACUUACACUUCUCAAUCCAACACCUCUUCUUCUUGCCGCUUCCAUCCUUCCUUUUUUGUCUGCCGUCGUCACGACGACCAAAAAAGGUACUAUGAAUUGGGACCUGAUGAUCCGCCGUAUGCUGCCAAGUUCUAUGAUUGCUGCGGGGCCGAGGAUCCAGCGGCAUCUGGGUGCACCACAAGCUUCCAUGUCUCAUAUGAUGAUGAUUGAUGUAAUAUUUCUCUUUUUCAUCACCUGAAUCUUGAGUGUACAUGAAAUUUGUAGUUAUCUCCAUGUCUCCUCCUUUCUUGGCACAUACUAUAUGAUUGUGCAACAUAGUUUCUAGUUAUCAGCUUUUGUCUCUUAACAAUUUUGUGGUUUGUUUGGCUUCAAUUUGUCUUAAUGAUGUUAGGUGGUAAUGUAAAUGGGUUUGUUCAUAACAUCAUGGUGAAUAGAAAUAAGGUUCAAUGGGGUUUGCUUAAAGAGCCGACUUUUAAGGUAAAAUAACCAAGCCAAUUGUCCCCUUAUC